AUGGUGAACAUCCCCAAACUUGGUCUACUCCUCGGAUCACAGACAAAAUCGUCAACUGAUAAGGGAAUUUACGCUUUCAGAGGCAUUCCUUAUGCCCAGCCGCCGGUCGGAGAGCUGCGUUUCAAGAAAACAUUUGUAUCCAUGAAUGAAAAGGACCCCAUUCCUGUCAAACCAUGGGCCGGAGUCUUGAACGCCAUCCACGAAGGCUCUCCUUGCGUUCAGCUCGAUAGCAUUUUAUUCAAGAUGAUUGGAAAUGAAGAUUGUCUGGUGCUGAAUGUCUACACACCAGCAAUCGUUACGUCAACUGAUGUUGUUUCUUUGCCGGUCAUGGUGUGGAUUCACGGAGGAGGUUUUACAGUAGGCAAUGGAAAUUCCGGAUCUGUCUCGGAUUUAUAUGGUCCUGGCUACAUACUCAAUCGUGAUGUCGUCUUGGUCACCCUCAAUUACCGUUUAGGGGCUUUUGGUUUCUUGAGCACAGAUGAUACUGAAGCCCCAGGGAACUAUGGACUUCUCGACCAGUCCUUAGCUCUGAGGUGGGUGAGAGAUAACAUCCGUUAUUUUGGUGGUAAUCCUGAUUCGGUUACUAUUUUUGGGCAAAGCGCCGGUGGCGCCAGUGUAGAGUUCCAAAUGCUGUCACCCCAUUCUAAAGGGUUGUUCCAUAGAGCAAUAGCCCAAUCCGGGUCCACCAGAUGCCCAUGGGCGCUGCAGAAAACUGUGGGAGAAUACACCCACAGCCUGGCAAGCAAUUUGAAUUGCCCAACUUCAGACUCUCGGCAAUUGCUUCAAUGUCUAAGAAGGAGAAGUGCCAGACAAAUUAUAAUGGAUAGGAAGAAAUACGUAAUGCGAUUUGCUUUAUGUUUGUGGCCGGUUGCAUUUGGACCACGAGUCGAUAAGGAACGGACCUCUCCGUUUCUUCCUGAUGACCCGGAGAAACUCAUAACUCUUGGACAAUUCAACAAUGUGCCGUUAAUCGCUGGACUAACUGAAAGCGAAGGAGGAUUAUUUGGUGCAACAUUGGCAUCAUUCCCUGGAUUCAAUCUGAAGGCGUAUAAAAGAGAUCAGAUCAAAAGUAUUCGUUACACCUUGGGCAUGGAGAAACGCGAGGACGGAUAUGAAAUAGCACAGAAAGCAUAUCAUGAGUAUUUUAUCAGCAACAAUAAGAGAAGUUGCAAAAUUCCUACCCAGUAUGCAGAG